GGUUUCCACGAGGCGGUGGGGGAUGUGAUCGCGCAAUCGGUCGUGACUCCGAAGCACAUGGUCAAGAUCGGCCUCCUGCCAGAGUCAGCACAGAAGGAGGACUCGGAGGUAGACUUGAACUUCCUCAUGUCUCAGGCCUUGUCCAAGGUGGCCUUUCUCCCGUACGGAUACCUCAUAGAUGUCUGGAGGUGGAAUGUCUUCCGGGGCAAUAUCUCUUCCAACUACUACAACUGCGAGUGGUGGAAACUAAGGUCAGAGGUGCAAGGAGUUCAGCCUCCGAACAUCCGAAGCGAAGAGCACUUCGAUCCAGGCGCCAAAUAUCACAUCCCUGCGAAUGUUCCUUACAUAAGGUAACCUAAGCAGACCCAUACCAACAGU